ACCCUCCUUUGGCAGCUAUUACAGAGAGCUACUUGUGUUUUAAACAUGUGACAAAGUGAGAGAGGGGCGCAGGGGGAGAGCUGAGGCGCUCAUGCCUGCUCUGUGCCGAGCGCCUGAUGACAGUUCCUACAGGAUCCGGAUCCUGCGCUCCUCCACACGGCGAUGCGGAGUAGGCGAAUCAAGUAGCACAAUACGCGGGGAGCAGACCGAAUCCGCAACGGGAUAUUUCACAGUCUUCUUCUUGUUUGAGUGUCUUUCCACGUCCUUGCAUUCCAUCACAUCUGUCCGACGCUGGACCCCACCGAUUCCUGACCGCAAAAACUACACUUAGGGGUCCCUCUAAUCUAAUCGUAAGGUCCUUUGCGCGCCUGGUGGCUCGCUCUUCCUCCCUUCUCUCCUCCUCUUCCUCCUCUUCCUCCUCCUGCUACUCGUGUCUUCUCUUGACUCCAUCUCCUGCUGGACGAUUUCAUUCUGUAAAGUCAUUAUCCCCAGAAAGGUCAAAGCCUCCGCUUCCUGGCACCUCGUUUUGCUCUGGGAUAAGCUUGAGAGUCGCCGUGCUUUCUGAAAGUUUGUCAUUGGUAUAGAACCGCAAAGGCUGCUUCGGCUGUUCCGUGUUGCUGCCUUUCUUUGCAAAUCACUUUUACCUGUUUUCGGAGCCCUGCACGUGCAUUGUAUUUUUUUUCAUUUUUUUUUUUUUCAUUCUUCUCUGUGGAGUGGCUGUUGACCAGCAAACUGUGAAAUGAGUUUCGUUGCCAUUCUGACUACUGAUAACGUUGAGAUUCUGCAAGAGUAUGGGACAUACUGAGUUGAACUUUAAGUGUUGUUCCAAACCUUGGCGUUUGGGGUGCAUUGAGGUGAUGCAGGUCCCUCGGUUAUCCCAGUGGACGAGCCAGCUAAUGACGGGUGCAUUUGUCUGCUGAACGUCCCCCAUCACCACCAGCCUCCAUCCCUCCUUCCCUCCCACCCGCCCUCUAUCGCUGAUGGCUCUAUGGGGCAUCAUCAGCCUCAGCCUUCAUUGCUGGGUGUGUUUACGACCCUGCGCGACAGCAACAGCUGCUCCAGCCAGCCUCCCUAAUGACAAACCCGGGGGACCUCUCGACUGGCUCCUUUCAGAUAAGGGGCCCUUCCACCACUCCCCAGAGUACAUCGACUUUGUGGAGAAGAACCGGCAGGGCUUCUCCACCAGAUACAAAAUAUACAGGGAGUUUGGGCGAUGGAAGGUGAACAACCUUGCAGUGGAGAGAAGAGAUUUCCUGGAGUCACAGUUACCCUUAACCCCAGAGUUCAUCAGAAACAUUCGACUUCUGGGUCGCAGACCUACUACCCAAAUGAUCACUGACAAUCUGAUCAAAAAGUAUGGGACUCACUUCUUAUUAACAGCAACACUUGGAGGGGAAGAAGCCCUUACAAUAUUUGUGGACAAAAGGAAGCUGAGUAAGAAAGCAGAGGUGAGCGAUUUCUCUGGUAACUCCUCUACUGUGAGUCUGGAAGCUCUGCACCAGCUCGCCGCUUCUUACUUCAUUGACAGGGAGAGCACCCUGCGCAAACUGCACCACAUCCAGAUUGCCUCCACUGCCAUAAAGGUGACAGAGACGCGAACAGGCCCUCUCGGGUGUAGUAACUAUGACAACCUUGACUCCGUCAGUUCUGUCCUCGUUCAGAGUCCUGAAAAUAAAGUCCAGCUGCAAGGCUUGCAAGUGAUCCUACCAGACUACCUAAGAGAAAGUUUUGUGCAGGCUGCUCUCAGCUACAUAGCCUGCAAUGGAGAGGGUGAGUUUGUCUGCAAGGACAAUGAUUGCUGGUGCAACUGUGAUCCCAAGUUUCCAGAGUGCAACUGCCCCUACAUGGAUAUCCAAGCCAUGGAGGAGAGCCUGGAGAGAAUAACAGAGACAUGGGGAUUGCUUUAUAAAGAAUUUGAAGAAUCAGAUGAAUUUAAAGCCUUCUACACCAGACUUCCCCAGAGCUACUUCCUGAAUGUGUCAUCUAUUCAACACUUGUGGUCCUUGGACAACAUGUUUCAGUGGCGGUAUGAGCAGCUUCAGAACAGCAUGCGGGUCCUCUCCAGACGAGCCCAAAGAGUUAUUUUCAAGCUCUUCAGUCUCAGUAAAAGAUGUCACAGGCAACCUCAAAUUCGGAUACCAAGAGAGCGGCCUCACUCCUACUGGCUAGGACACAUCCAGUCUCUCCUGUACUGUUCAGAGAACAACCAACUUGGAACAUUCUCCGAGGAGCUUCACAGCUGCAGCUGCCGAUAUGAACACAGCCCCUGUCAGUUGCCCCCACCCUGCUCUGUUGGCGAAGGCUCAGCCUGUGCAGUGUGUGCACCAGACAACCACACCCGAUGUGGAAGCUGUAACCCAGGAUUUGCCUUGAUGCAGGGGGCUUGCAGACCUAUGGUGGCAGACUCUACAGAGAACUACCUGGGCUUUGAGACGGACCUCCAAGAUUUGGAGUUAGGCUACCUACUGCAGAGAGCAGACCGCAGGCUUGAGGUUCAUGCUAUUUUCAUCAGCAAUGACAUGAGACUGAACAGCUGGUUUGACCCAUCGUGGAGGAAGAGGAUGCUGUUGACGCUAAAGAGCAACAAAUAUAAAACCAACAUGGUUCAUAUGCUGCUUGGAAUAUCCCUUCAAGUUUGCCUUACAAAGAACAGUACGCUGGAGCCUGCCCUCACUCUUUAUAUCAACCCUUUUGGUGGGAGCCACUCAGAGAGCUGGUACAUCCCCGUCAAUGAAAAUGGUUUUCCAGAUUGGAAGGCCACCAAGUUGGACCUACCCUUCGAGUGUUACAACUGGACUUUGACAUUGGGUAACAAGUGGAAGACAUUCUUUGAAACUAUCCACAUCUAUCUUCGUAGCCGGAUAAAGACUCAGGACGGAGCAAAUGACAGCGUUUAUUAUGAACCUGCCGAAAUUACCGAUCCUGCUCAGAGCCUGGGUUACAUGAAGAUAAACAGUAUCCAAGUGUUUGGCUACAGUAUGCACUUUGACCCAGAGGCAAUUCGUGACUUGAUCCUCCAACUGGACUACCCUUACACACAGGGCUCCCAGGACACGGCCAUCCUUCAACUCUUGGAAAUACGAGAUCGUGUGAAUCGCCUUUCCCCUGCAGGCCAACAAAAGAUGGACCUGUUCGCCUGUCUCCUCCGCCACAGGCUCAAACUCACUCCCAGUGAGGUGGUUCGCAUUUUUGCCUCCUUGCAGGCCUUCAGUGCACGUUUACCUAAUUCAGUGGAUUAUGAGACCACCAAGCUGUGCAGUUAACAGCUGGUUGAAGACUCAAUUGUAAAUUGUGCACAAGGAAAACUUUUUGAGUCCUUGAUACAGAUGCAUACACAUGUGCUUUGUCUCUAUUAAUUAUCAAACUCUAUGGUUAAUCAUGAGGCAACCAGCCAUGGACAGCUGAAGAAUGUACUGGACGAUGCCCAUUUCAGUGCCAUGUAAAAAAAAAUGGGCUGGAUCUUUGAGGAAAUGCACAACUGUUUCUCAAAAUAAUAUUUCUGCUGUAGAAACUCAGAAACCACUGCAUACAGCUGAACCAUCCUGUUUCAAUAUGAUUCUGCUCAUUUAUACUGUAAGUACCAAUGCUAAAUGAAUAGACAUUUUAUGGUUAAAAUGGUACUCUCUGUUUGUUUGUAUUUUUUAUAUGUUUCUUUGCUUUAGUGACUGUGCACUUUCCAUGACUUGAAGAUUGCAGUGGUGUAAAACAAGAUUUUGUAGAUAAAUUGAUAUUAAAGACAUCAUGUUAUAACAGAGUUGAUCCACUAAAAAGUUGUAUUUUAAACCCA